AAAAACAUUCGGGACUGAAGUUCCGUCAACAUCGGCUGGCGACCGCGACGCGGCUGCAUUUCUAAAGUCAUUUUGGUGGCGCGCUCACGGUUCUAGGAGAAAGAACCGGGCAUGCCCGUCCCAUCAACAGCAGGUGGAGCUCACCGCUCCGCCCAUCUCACAACCAGAGCGGGAAAACCCCAUCGGCUUGGAUUACACAGAUGGGAUUUUGUGUGUGAAAUAACGCCAGUUAAAGUAUUUCAAGUAUUACGUGGUUAUUAGGAAUAACCUUAAUGCAGAAUGAGUUUGUUUGGAGCAAACUCUGGUUUUGGGACAGGAGGAACUGGAGUAUUUGGGAGCACGACAACAGACACCCAUAACCCCAUGAAGGAUGUUGAAGUGACUUCACCUCCAGAUGACAGCAUCAGCUGUCUGGCCUUCAGCCCCCCAACCAUGCCAGGAAACUUCCUCAUCGCAGGAUCUUGGGCUAAUGAUGUUCGGUGUUGGGAGGUGCAGGACAACGGUCAGACUGUCCCCAAAGCCCAACAGAUGCACACAGGCCCAGUUCUGGAUGUCUGCUGGAGCGAUGAUGGCAGUAAAGUCUUCACUGCUUCUUGUGACAAGACGGCCAAGAUGUGGGACCUAAACAGCAACCAAGCCAUGCAGAUCGCACAGCACGAAGGUUCAAUUAAGUCAAUCCACUGGAUAAAAGCCCCCAACUACAGCUGUAUCAUGACUGGCAGCUGGGAUAAAACGCUGAAGUUCUGGGACACCCGCUCUCCCAAUCCAAUGAUGUCCCUCCAGAUGCCUGAGAGAUGCUACUGUGCAGAUGUUGUGUACCCUAUGGCAGUGGUAGCAACAGCUGAGAGAGGACUUAUAGUUUACCAGCUGGAGAACCAGCCCUCUGAGUUCCGCAGAAUAGACUCCCCUCUCAAACAUCAGCACCGCUGCGUCGCUAUAUUCAAGGACAAGCAGAACAAGCCCACAGGGUUUGCACUUGGAAGCAUCGAGGGCCGAGUGGCGAUUCACUAUAUCAAUCCUCCCAACCCAGCCAAAGAUAACUUCACCUUCAAGUGCCACAGGUCCAACGGAACCAACACGACAACGCCACAGGACAUUUAUGCUGUCAACGCCAUCUCCUUCCAUCCUGUCCAUGGCACUCUGGCUACCGUGGGCUCAGACGGACGCUUCAGCUUCUGGGACAAGGACGCUCGCACCAAGUUGAAGACCUCGGAACAACUGGACCAGCCCAUCACAGCUUGCUGCUUCAACCACAACGGCAACAUCUUUGCUUAUGCAUCUAGUUACGACUGGUCCAAGGGCCACGAGUACUACAACCCGCAGAAGAAGAACUACAUCUUCCUGAGGAACGCAGCAGAGGAGCUGAAGCCACGAAACAAGAAAUGAUUCAACGUGCCAAGUUGCAUCUCUUGUGGGGAAAUGCAGAAGACCUGCUGCUUUUAGUGUGUGUGUGCGCUCCAGACAGACUCCUUGCUUUCUACCACCUCCAGGACCAAUGCCACAGCUCUGUGUGGUGCAUGGAUCAAUCAGAAGAACCUGACAAAGCUGCAUGAUAUUUCUGGUCUUAGAAAUCAUCAUAAAAUGGGUUUUAUUUGUCAUUCAUCUUGGUGUUUUGGGUUUUUUGACAUGUCCAGCUCCCCUUUUUUAUGAUUGCCAUUGUUCUGUUAAAAUAUUUGGAUGUAAAAUUAAAAAAAGUGCAUACUGUUA